AUGGCUGCAGCUCCCCCAAGUUACUGUUUUGUAGCCUUUCCCCCAUGUUCUAAAGAUGGGCUGGUGGUGUUCGGAAAGAACUCUGCACGGCCAAGGGAUGAAGUACAGGAGGUGGUCUACUUUGCUGCCGCAGAUCAUGAUCCAGGAAGCAAAGUUGAGUGCACAUAUAUUGAGAUUGAGCAGGUGCCGAAGACUCACGCUGUUGUGCUGAGCAGGCCCUCCUGGCUUUGGGGGGCAGAGAUGGGAGCGAAUGAGCAUGGGGUCUGUGUAGCUAAUGAAGCCGUCGUGACCAGAGAACCAGCUUCUGAAUCUGAAGCCUUGCUUGGAAUGGAUCUUGUCAGACUUGGCCUAGAAAGAGGAGCAACAGCUAAAGAAGCAUUGGAUGUAAUAGUCGCUCUGUUGGAAGAGCAUGGACAAGGUGGAAAUUAUUAUGAAGAUGGGAGCUCAUGCCAUACUUUCCAAAGUGCAUUUUUGAUUCUGGACAGAAAUGAAGCCUGGAUACUGGAGACUUCUGGAAAGUACUGGGCAGCGGAAAAAAUCACAGAGGGGGUGAAAUGCACUUGCAAUCAGCUUUCAUUAACUACAAAAAUUGAUGCUGAGCAUCCUGAACUAAGGGAUUAUGUAAGAAGUCAAGGCUGGUGGAAUGGAGACUCGGACUUCAAUUUUUCUGAAGUGUUCUCUCUCAAUGAUGACCAUUUAGCCUGCUCUUCUGGCAGGGAGAGCCUAGAAAAGCAAGGUGGUGAUGUUUCUGCACAAGCCAUGAUUGAUGUCCUGCGUGACAAGGACAGCGGUGUCUGUGUGGACUCUGAAUCUUUCCUUACUACAGCUAGCAUAGUGUCUGUUCUGCCUCAGGACCCUAGUUUUCCCUGUAUUCACUACUUCACUGGCACGCCAGACCCUUCAAGGUCCGUAUUUAAACCCUUUAUUUUUGUUGAUGAUGUAAAAUUAGUACCAAAAGUACAGUCUCCUUCUUUUGGCAAUGAUGAUCCUGCUAAAAAGAUACCUCGAUUCCAAGAGAAACCUGAUCGCAGGCAUGAAUUGUACAAGGCACAUGAAUGGGCCCGAUCUCUCCUUGAGAAUGAUCAGGAUAAAGGCCAGAAACUAAUGAGGAUCAUGUUAGACCUUGAAAGACAAGGCUUAGAAGCAAUGGAAGAUAUCCUCACUCGUGCAGAGGUUCUGGAUCCUGCGAGUAAGGCUCAACAGCAGCCACAGCUCCUGGUCAUCUCUGUCCUCUUCAUGCUUGAUGAGAAAAGGAUUGUGGGCCCAUCUGUUCAUGAAAGUGACAUUCUGCUGCAAUCUGAGGAUAGGCAGAAUAGAAGAAGUAAAGAACCGUACAAAGAGACUAAAGGUAGCAGAUUAGUUUCUGACAGUUCAUUGAAAAAUGGCUGA